UGUUGGCAAUAAUACAGCUACAAGUAACUUUUCUUCAUAAGUUUUAACAUAUUUUGGCUGAAAAUAUUGUUUAAUUCGUUCGCGCGGAAUAAAUCCGCAUUUGAACGUGCAAUUGUGCCAUAUAAGAUAUAUCAGUGCAUUAUGGAUAGUAAAUGUUUACUAUAUUCCACCUGAACAGACAAUUAAUGUCUUUAGAUACACGAAAUCAUGAAAGUUUACAGAUGCUUGGCGGUGCUCGUGCUAACAUCCUUCAUUUUGAUAUGGUAUUAUAUUUUACGAGUAAACAACGAAUUAUUCAAUGGAUUGGAGUUGGGAGCCAAUUCUAGCUUCAUUGGAAGUAGUUUUAGACAAAAAAGUAUUAUGCGCCCAGUGGUCAAUGGAACGGAAAUUGUGGUAGUAGUAGUGGCUUGCGGGGAACGACAUAAUGAGGCACUGAACAUGAUUAAAUCCGCAAUCAUGUUCAACCGAAAUCAAUUCCCGUUAAAAUUUGUCGUCGUUGCCGAAGAACAGUUGAAGCAAAACUUUAUUGAAAAGUUGAAUGACUGGCAGGAGAUCAAUGAUCACAUAUUCACAUACGAGUUACAUUCUUUAACAUUUCCUUCAGCCAACAAAGAUGAGUGGAAAAAACUUUUUAAACCAUGCGCUGCACAAAGACUGUUCCUGCCGUCUUUACUGACUCACAUCGAUUCAGUGUUGUACGUCGAUUCGGAUACCGUCUUUCUAUCGCCAGUGCAAGAAUUGUGGUCCAUGUUUCACAGUUUCAACGCAACGCAACUUGCCGGUAUGGCUCCGGAGCAUGAAGAUAAAAAUGCCGGUUGGUACAACCGAUUUGCGCGGCAUCCGUACUACGGCGAUCUUGGAGUGAACUCUGGCGUUAUGCUUAUGAAUCUCACCCGAAUGCGCGAGUUCCAGUGGGAACAGCACAUUAUGCCUAUUUAUAAAGAAUAUCGACUGAAGUUGGUCUGGGGAGACCAGGAUAUUAUUAACGUCCUUUUUCAUCAUCACCCAGACCGAUUAUUUGUGUUUCCUUGUGAUUGGAACUAUCGGGCAGACCAUUGUAUGUACAUGAACGUAUGCGAUGCUCCUGGCGGCGUGAAAAUAAUUCACGGUAACCGGGGUUAUUUCCAUUCACUGGUGCAACCGAUUUUUAACUUAAUCUACACAACAAUUGAGGAAUACGCCUUUAGGACAGACAUUCAUUCCAAUUUCAUUCGUACUAUCGAAGAUUCGCUGGUGCUGCCAAGUAACUCAAACUGUGAUAAACUGCUGGACAAGUUUUUGCAGGACCCGAGAAAGUAUUUCAAACAAAAUCAGUAUCUUGAGGAGACAUGACACGAGCAGUUGCAGCAGUAAUCAGCCUAAAAGGGCGGUAAAGGUUGAAAAUAAAUUCAGCAUAUCGCACUCGAAUUUAAGUCUUCGAAUAUAAAACGAUUUGAUAACUGGACAGCUUGUGAUUUUAGCGGCAAAACGAACGGACAAAUCGAAAACAAUGAUUUCUGCAUUCAUUUACGAUGCAUAGCAAUGACAAGUUUUAAAAACUCGCGUUAGGUUACAUUUUUAAUGAUAGUUUUGGAGUCCAGUGAUUUUUCUGAGCUCUAUUCUCAUAUUUCAUAGGUAGGUACUCGGUUGACCGAGUAAUGCAAAUUAUGUGCAAACUUUUUAAAAGUAAGGCGAUGAGGUGGCUGUGAGAAUAGGGCUCAUGCAAUCGCUGAUGUAGUUGAAAGUAUUCCAGUCUAGUGUUUUAGCCAUUCACUGGUAAUACUUUCUAUCUGUCGGAAGUUAAGUUUCAGUGAAUAAUUUUAGUCAUUAGGAACUAAUGUUUAACUUUAGAUUGUAGUUUUUCUUGUGUAAAUAGAGCUCUAUAUUUUCGUUU